AAAAAAUGAUCUAAUGGGCCCAUAACAGAUGGCGGACUUUUGACAACAUGUGUGUCGGAAUUUUUCUAGCUUGACUUCAUUAGUUGGCGAUUGAACUUGGAAUUGACAUGAUGAAGUUUUCAUUGAUAUUCCUGAUGGCCUGGUGCUCUGUUUUUCUGGGAGGCACUGACACUCUAAUUCGGAUUAAAAAGUCUGAUAUUGGCUUAAAAUCUUUGGAGGAGAUUAUCUUGAUUAGAAAGACUUUGGAUAGACAGACCCUUAGGAUUAAAGGAUUGGAGAUUAAUCUUCAUCGAGUGCUGCGAAAGGUGGCCUUUCUUUCUGAUGCGGAUGUGCAUGCUCAGGACGGAUUCUCCUCUAAAGGAGAUUCCCUAACAGAACUAUCGGGGCGCCUAAAUAUAUUGCUUGAGAGAGUAAACCAAAAGGAGAAUAUAGUCCAGAAAUUAGAGGAACUGGAAGGGCAAAUUAUGAAAAUGAGCUCGAGGCUUCUGGAAACCUCCCUAAACACAUCUCUCGUUCAGGAUGUUCCCGAAGUUCAGAACACCUCGAAAGUUGACUUUUAUCAGCCGGCUAAAUCGGAUUGCUAUGAACUGGAUCAAGAUGUUCGGGUGGAUGGCGUCUAUAGGUUUCUGGUUCCUGAGAGAAAUGAAGUCCAGCGCGAUUUGUAUGAGCGCUAUUGUGCCUUCGCGACUGAUGGCCCAGCUUGGACGGUGAUCCAGAACAGAGAUGGCACAAUCAAUCCCAUAGAGAACUUUAAUCGUAGCUGGGACGAGUAUCGCGCGGGUUUUGGGAAUUUGUCCCAAGACUUUUGGUUUGGCAACGAGUUCACGCACAAGAUUCUCUAUCGCGACGAUCAUGAACUAAGAGUGGAAUUGUGGGAGGAGCAGGAACCGAUGGAUUUGGCGGAGUAUUCACUUUUUCGGUUGGACAGUGAAAGCUACAGCUACCAAAUUUCGGUAGAAGGUGACUUCCGGGGUUCGUUGCCAGAUGUUCUGGGACAGCACAAUCUGAUGGACUUCAGCACCUAUGAUCGGCGGAUGGAAACCACCACAUCCGCAGAUUCCACCUGUGCCGAGGACUAUGGCGGAGGUUGGUGGUUCGAUCGUUGUACCAAGUCCAAUCUAAAUGGAGAACUUGGUCUGCACCAGAGAGCUAGUCCAGCAAUCAUUUGGGCGAAUUGGCGUACCGGGACGGCUAAACCAAAAAACUCGCGAAUGAUGAUACGACCCGUGAACCCCAUUCCGGGUGGGUUCUUUUACGAGGAUUAGACGGCGGAGUACUUGGAAAUUUAAAUGGCACUCAGAUUGAUGUUGCUCGUAUUCCAGCAAUUGAACGUUACCGAUAGGUGGCACUGCAAAUAAACGUUACCGAUAAGUAUCGAAUCCGAUUGCACUUUACUUCAUAGAUUUUUCCAUAAUUUUACACAAAUUCUAUUAUAUUUUGAAGUUGCAUUUACAUUUAUAACAUUUCUUACUUAAACUUUAAAUUUGACUAUCAGCCAUCUCGAUGUAUCGAAUGCUUAUCGAAUGAGAUUGGGUGAAAGAGACAGCAAAAUAAGAAAGUAAGUUUUGUAUUAGAAAGAAAUCGUAGAACAGAAAAUGGGGUUGUAAUUUUAAAUCUUGUGCGCUUUAUUAUAAUUUUAUCACGCCGGAGAGUUAAUAAAUAAAGAAAUAAUUUU